UGCAAACGCAAACCCAGAUCGAUCGUUCAAACAUGGGCUCCCACCAAACCAUGAAGGUAGCUCUGAUCACCGGCGGCGUGGCCGGCAUGGGUCGAGCCGUGGCCGAAGCCCUCGUGCAAAAGGGGGGCUGGUUCGUCUCCCUCCUCGACCUCAACAAGGAGACCGGAGCGGAAGCGGAGCGCACUCUGGGGGAGAACGUGCAAUUCAUCGAAGCAGACGUGACCAAUUACGACCAGCAAGUCGCCGCUUUCGAAAGGACGGUGAAGAAAUUCGGGGGCAUCGACUUCGUUUUCGCCAACGCGGGGAUUGCGGGCGGGGCGGACUUUUACGGUGCCCCCAAGUCGUGGCCACCCGGGCCGCCUUCGUUCCUGGUUGAAGAGGUGUGUCUGCGGGGCGCCAUUCUCACCAGCUACCUUGCCAUGCAAUAUAUGAGACGGAAUCCGGAACCGGGGGGGGUCAUCGUUAUGACGGCAUCGGCUGCGGCAAUCUAUGCGGCGCCCGAGUUGCCCAUGUACACGGCGGCCAAACAUGGCGUCCUGGGACUCGUGAGGGCCAUGAGCGAGAGAUUGGGGGGAGAAAACAUACGUGUUAACGCCAUUCUCCCCGGCGCCAUUAGAACGACACUGCAUUCCAAAGAGAUUUGGGAACAGUUUCCGCAACAAGACUUCACUCCAGUUGAAGAGGUUGUGGCUGCGGUGUUAGGAAUGGUGGAAGAUGGCAAGGCCAACGCAAGACAGCCGUUAACUUCGUACCUCUGA